GUUUUUUCUCAUGUUGAUGUUUACAAUUUUCUGUUGUUGUCAAAAUAAAGUUUAAUUGUUGGUCUACAAUUAGAUUGAUUUGAAUUGUUUUUCUUUUUUCUUUGCGAUUAUUUAAUUGUUAUGGAGAAAAUUAAAGAGAUUCAAAGGGAAAUUUAUAAACAGGAUAUUUUUGUGAAAACAUUACUCAAGCAAUUAUGGGAAACUCGUGAUCAGGAAAAUUUUAAUUCCAAUAAUUCUGAUUAUAUAAAUGCCAUAAAUCGACACAAAUUUCUAAUUGAUGAUUUGGAAAGAAAAGUAAAUUUAUUUAUCAAACCAUCGGAAAAAGAAGCCAUGUCAUUAGAAUUGGAAGCUCUUAGAUAUCAAUUAGAAAGUAAUUAUAAGAAUCAUCGGAAAGCUACAUCACAAGUUAGAGAAAUGAUCAGAGAUGAGGAAAGAAAAAGAUUAUUUGAUCAUUCAUAUAAUACAAAUGGAAAUGGAGAAAAUGAAUUACGAAAACGUGUAAAUGUAACUAAAAGUGCAUCUCAAAGAGCCGCAAAUGUGACCUCAGAUUUAUAUCGAAUACGAAGUCUUCUAGCUGAUCAAGUGGAAAGAAGUCGAUUAUCUUAUGAAGCUUUACUUCGAUCAUCUGAUAAUGUGAAUCAAAUUCGAGAAGAAUUUCAUUCAAUGAGAGGAGUAAUUUCACAAUCGAAAAGUUUAUUAAACAAAUAUGGACGUCGAGAAAUAACUGAUAACAUACUAAUUAUAUUAUCGUUUAUAUUUUUCUAUGCAACUUGUGCCUACAUAAUAUGGAAACGUUAUCCCUUCUAACCAGUGAAGCAAAAACCCAAACAUCUCUGCUCAAAUUGCAUAUAUGAAUAUUUCAAACAGAACAACAAAACAAAGAAAAGAUCAAAUCUAAAUUGUCAACUUUAAUCUUCUCUAAUUGUCAACCAAACAAGAGAUAAUUUCUCCACAUAGAUGGAGCUGUUAUUCCAAAAUUCAUCCAUAUGAAUAUUAGUCAUGCGCAGAAAAGAAAUUGUAAUUACAUAUUUACAUUUGGAAAAGAAAAAAUUUUUUUUUCUAUUA